AAAUAUCAGCUACUCUCCAUAACAACAACAUGGUGCGCUCAUGGUUGAUUUUUGCAAGCCAUCUUUUCGUUAUCUUGCUCUUCUUUUGCCAUACUAAGGGCGCCAACAUCGUCCUUGCACCGCUGUUUGGAAGCAGUCAUUACAUCUUGUUCAGAACUAUCGGAGAAGAACUGGGAAGUCGAGGACAUCAGGUAUAAUAUUGUUUCGAUCUGUGACUGUUAUGUUAUGUUUUUACUCUGGUUUUUACUAGUUCAUUUGAUUUGUUAGGUUACAUGCAUGAUCGACGUUGCAGACAUAAUAUUGCAAUUUUUUGCUUUUAUUGCCUCGUGUGCAUUUACUCCGGCCUCAUAAAUGGUCUCACCGUGCGCUUCAAGAAGAAAAGAUAUCGAUGCAUAGGCCAACUAUCAGCGCCCCUAGUGCAGUGCGAUCUUUAAUUUACUUAUGUGCAGGGUUGAAAUUGUUAAAACACAUCAAAAUAUAAAAUGCCUCGUGGAUAUAAAGUGGGAAAAUGCAAACUGAUAAAUUCAAAUUUCUUUCUGCGGCAGCAAGGAAGAUUACGGUUCUUUCAGAGUUCAAAUCGAACGGUUCAGUGGCAGUGAGUAUUCAGGAAUCGCUUGCAAAACUUGCAGAUAAUGCCUAUCCGUUCUGAGUUCAAGAAUCGCUACUUGUAUUUGGUGUUUUGCAAAACUCUUCCCUCGACACACAACAUAUCUUAUCAAGUGAAAAUCACUGUGAAAUAACUACAGCCAGUAUCAGUCAUUUAUAUCCUCUUUUAUCUUCUAUAAUUGCGCCUAAAUAUAUUGUCCUUAGGCCUGCUCGUAGUCCUGGUGGUGGUGACACCAGUUAUGCCAGUCUUUUGAGUCUACUUCCUCAACGCAAGAAAUCUAGUUCCCCUGGCUCAUUACAGACAGUGUGAAGAUUUGUUCGAAACAGAGCAGGAGGUUACUAUAAACUGCCGCCUGCCUGAUUACUGAUAAACCACAAAUUUUGCAUAUCGUUUGUCACGCAACACAACGGAGCACGGAAUGAUCUUCCUCCACAGGCUUUCCUAAGGGUUCGCGAGGAUCAUGGAACAACCGAGAAGCGCGAGAGCUGGAGACAAGGGAGAAGCGCAAAGGGGGUAUUGUGGCAACGAGCGCGCUUUUCUUGAAUUAACAUAAAACUCAAAUAUCCCACAAAAAGUGAUUGUGAGCGAUAUGGGAUGACAUAGCGAAAGGAUCAUUUCCUUCCAACCUAAGCAGCGACAACCCCUCAAUCAAUCAUUUCUUGCUGCCGUCAGUAGUUCUUGAGCAGCUAGCUCGUCAAUUUUUCAAUUUUACUAGUUUUAAUAUCAUAACGAUUGACAUCAUCAUCAUCAUCAUCAUCAUGACUUUAAUUAUGCUACUACUACUACUACUACUACUGCUGCUGCUGCUGCUGCUGCUGCUGCUGCUGCUACUACUACUACUACUACUACUACUACUGCUACUGCUACUGCUGCUGCUGCUGCUGCUGCUGCUGCUGCUACUGCUACUGCUACUGCUACUGCUACUACUACUACUACUACUACUACUACUACUAUUAUUAGUGCUGUUUUGUUUUAUCUUUUGAUUAUCAUAUACAUGCUUUUGUAAUACUGUAAAAUGAUGCGGUCAUGCAAAUAAAGCAAUUUAUUACUAUUACUAUUACUACUACUACUACUUUUAUUAUGAUUAUGAUUAUGAUUAUGAUUAUGAUUAUGAUUAUUAUUAUUAUUAUUAUUUACAAACACGGUAACAAAGCAAAGUAACAAAGCCUCUAUGGUCGCCCAUGGCAGGGUGGCAUUGGUUGUGGGUGGGUGAAGGGAAAGAGGUUUGCCUCUUGAUCCUCCUUCGGGAGCUGUAAUGACUUUCAGUAAAUUUUAAAAACAGAGUUCGUGAGUAUGUGUGUAAGAACAAAUACAUCAUUGCAUACAUGCAUAUCCAGAGACUAUUUUGAUCCCUUCCAAUCCAGGUCACAUUGCUUCUUUCUUCGACCCAGUCUUAUAAGCCCAGUGAUGCGUUUACAACCGAAGUCUACCAAGUUCCUUAUGAGCCCGACUUUAUAGAGAAGUUUUUGGCCAGAAGUAUGGAAAAAGACAACAAUAACACAAGCGAUCAAGCCUCGGGUUUCGACAUACUCAACAACUUGGCUGAAAACCAUGCAAACUUUUGCAGAAGCUUAGUGAAGUGGGAAGGUAUGGGAGUAUAUUAAUGUUGCUGAUUCUGCGUCCGCUUCCGAAUAUAGCCGCUUUCCGUCGCUCCCCGUCGUCCGCUGGGGCGUCACUCGAGGAAGACACAAGGCGUGAAAGGUCCUCAGCGGCGGCGAACGUUGACAGGGCGGCUGGCGGCCUCAAACAUGCGCUUUGCUUUUUCAUUGCCAAAGUUGUUGGUAAGUAAUUCCCUGUUGUCGCCGCUAACGCCUUGAGUUUCCUUUAGACAAGUAAAUGGCUCCAUUCUAAUGAAUAUUCAGUUUCCCUUGCUGUUACCCUGCCACUUUUUAAAAUUUCGUUUUCUUUUAUAUUUCCUUAUCUUUUGGUAUUUUCACCCAUUAUGUAUUAGUGUAGUUGAAACACCGGUACCGUUAUUAAACAUUGAAAAAUUGGACAACCGCAAUUAAAAAUGAUGAAAUUCAGGGAAAUAGAAUUACUCCAAGAAGCUGCAAUUCCGGAGUUCGGGGCAUCAGAAAAUUUCGGUAUGUAGGGAUUUAGAAAUGGGAAGAUUUUUCGCCGACAUCGUUAAGUUUAACCAAUGUGUCAAUUCAUAUCAGGAUGACCUUUAUAAAGAAGAUGCAUAAACAGAACGUUACUAAGUUGGGAUCGCGAAAAUUACAUUUCGCCAAAAGUGACUAAGUAUUUGGCCACAGAUUAGACUAUAAGUGGGAACGGGGUAUGGGUUCUGUGCCCCACAUACCCAGCAAAAAUUAACCCAAGUAACCCCCCUCCCCCCUCCCCCCGGGAGAAACCAUUACCCUGGUUCCGUCAGUUCUCGAAAUACCUUUUUUGUGUGUGUUUGUUGUUUAUUAGCUAUGCUUUGCAUCAGCUCAAUUGUUUCAAGUUUUGGGUUAAUCAUUGAUGUCAGUCAUCUUCCAAUUCCAGCCCAUUAACAAACAUCUCGCUAUAUCGAUCUGGGGCUGAUGUCUGACCUAACGUAUCUAAAUGAUAUUUUUCUGUACAGGUAUCAAAGGCCUAAAGCCGGAUGUUAUUGUUGGGGAUUCACAUUUCAGUUGCAGCGGAGUUUUAAAUGAUCUUCUAGAUUCUAAGCUCGUUCUUAUCUGCCCGUCAGGAUUAACGCAUGGCAUGUUACCAAUUUUCAAGAACCCCAACCCGUUAUCAUACGCACCUCAGCCGUUCUCAGGCUUAGACGAUCAGAUGGACUUCAAGGGUCGAAUGAUAAACGUUGCUGGGUGGCUACUGACUAACUUUGUUGGGCGGGUGUUUAUGUUUCCAGCUGUAGACAAGAUAAAAAAGGAGUACAAUAUCAAGCCAGAAGUAAGCACAGAAGAAGCACUAGGAAAGGCGGAGCUUAUGCUUGUGCAAACGCACUUCGCCUUGGAUUUUCCAAGGCCACUGACUCCAUGUAUGUGGCAUUUAAAAUGAGAUAUCAAUUUCAAUUUAUACUGAUAUUUUCGAUUGAUACAGUGAAACAAGGGGCAAGCAACAAGGUACAGUUAUAGUUUGUAUUCUGCCAUGUCAAGUGUCGCGGGCAGUUUUAUUGGGCGGAUCUCAAGUACAGGUCACAUUCCACGGAUCAAGAAUACAGGUCACUGCUCCAUCGAUAAGUUACCAAACCACACAGAUCCCCCUUAAUGAACAGAGCAUUUUGUUAAGAGAUUAGGGCUAUGAGACACUUAUAAUGCUGUUCAUUUAUCUGUAUCAUGGUGACCUGUACUCUUACCUGUGGAAAAGUCAGGCCUGUAUUUUAGACCAGCCGGUUUUAUUGUCACUUGGCGGCACGAAUUAAAAAUCAAAACCUGUGCCGUAGGCUCUUUAUGUGAUAAUCGACCAAUGAAUUGGUAAGAUGAAUAGAAGUGUUCUCAAUUGAAAUUUAUUUCUUUAUUUCGGAUUUAUAUGCUUGUAUUCUACAUUUGACUAUCCUUCAGUUUUUGUUUGUUUGUUUGUUUGUUUUUUUUUUGUUUCAUCUGUCUAACAACAGCGAUAAUAGUGACAGGUCCGAUUCUGCCGAAACCAGCCAAACCUCUACCAAUCGACCUUGAAAAGUUCAUGGCGAGCGCAGGCGAUGAUGGAGUGAUAAUUGUUUCCUUUGGUUCUAUGAUGUCUUCUUUGCCAAUUCCAACCAUAAAAAUGUUGGCUAAGGUACUCGGUGAAAUGAAGCAAAAGGUCUUAUGGAAGUUAAAAGGUAAGUGCCACGUUUACUAAGAGGCUACAAAACAAAAACAAAAAAGAGGCUGCAAAAAUAUUAUCUGUAAUCUAUCGCCCUAUGAAAGGGAAUCCAAGACAGUCUUGGAUACUGGAUUCCACGCCGCGGAUUCCGGAUUUCAGGUGCUGGACUCUCUCAGUGCAAGUCUUUGUCAGUGGAACUUGUAUUCUGGAGUCUAAUCGUUGGUGGAUUUUGGUUUCUUUUGGCUGUGUUCCGGAUGACAUGGCCCAGGAUUCCGGAUUCCACAAGCAAAAGUUUCCCAGAUUCCGGAUUCCACUGAUCCUGAGUUUCCUAUAAAUUGGAGGGGUCCACUUGUCGGUUGUCUGGUAAAAUUCAUUCACUUUGUCGGCAGUCAGUUAAAAUUUUCGAUCUUUGUCGGUUGUCGGUAAAUCUCAGUUAAUAACUAAAAAACUAUGUUAAUUAUUGAUAUUUGUUAUAAAAUUCACCCAGUUUCAAGACUGAGUGCUAUGUAACAUGUAAAACUUGUAACUUGUAAAAUUGCAUCAUUUGGUUGCAUUUAAACUUCAUUAACUCUGGUUUGUUUUCGCGUAAAUACCCCAGCUUACAUUGGGCGAUUAACUAUUAAAGGGGCUUAAUAGAGGAUUUAGGUACUAGGUCUACUAAAUCCGCCGCAAAACAGCAGAUCAGGUAGGAAUGGAAAGUGCUCGCAGCUUUUUGCUGGUUUACACCACUUUCACGGUCAUGAUUUCCUUAUCCGCAUGCAUCUAAUUACGCACGGCACUAAUCGGUAAGCCAGCAAGCCAGCAGUUUUCCUGACUUAUUUUGCACAUCAUGAGUCAACCCGAGGUUUAUGAAGCCCGGUUGGAAAGCUGGAGCUAACUAGCCUGCAAAUCAAGACGAGAAGGCGAGAAACCUCUCAGAACUUCCUCCGUGUGUAGUCGCCAUUUUGGAUUUUGAAAGAAGAGCUGGGAGUCUGGAGAUAGUAGAUAAUGCGAUGCCUUGCCUCGGUUCCCGCUUUUUCUCUUCCUCUUGUGACUUGUAGUCCCCAGGCUCUAGAAAACUCUUGUAGGGCAGGAUAAGAACAUGUCGUUACUACCUAACGUCCUUUUGUAUUUUUAACUAUCGAAAUAGGAAAUUUGUUGAGCUCUAAGCCAUCAAACAUCAAGACAGUUGACUGGAUGCCACAGAAUGAUGUACUUGGUCACCCCAAAACAAAGCUGUUUCUUUCUCACGUGGGACACAACAGUAUGUACGAGGCUGCCUACCACGGUGUCCCCAUUGUUGGCUUUCCUAUGUGGAGCGAUCAGCCGGAAAAUGCUCAGCAGGUCGUGCGAGCGGGAAUGGGACUCUGGUUAGACAUCAACAGUGUCAAAGAGGACGAACUGCGCAUGACCAUUUCCAGAGUUAUGACUGAAGCAAGGUAAACACAUAACGGCCUACAUUACUCCCCCCCCCUCACCACCACCACCACCACCCCCCUUCCAAAACCUUUUCAGUUCGAUCUCAAAUAUCAAUGGCAGCUAUUUUGGUGGUAUUAAGGUUGCUGUUAGAAGGGGCUCUCCAUCUUUCUGUUGUGUUAAAAGGUAAUUAUUGAGUUCUUUACUUUGUGAUCAUUGAAUUGAAAAACUUAGUUAUUGGUGUUAUACUCCUUGUUUGUUUCUGUGGCGACCAUCGUAAGCAUUUGUUAUUUCCAAAUGGACGUUAUAGUUAUUGUUAUUAUGAAGUAAGUUGUAGGCGUAAAAUAUAGACAGUAAAGAAAACUUUCAAUUUAAUUACAAACUUCAUGGUCAAACAUUGCCUUUGAUUACUCUCCACAGUUUCAAAAGCAACGCAACAGGUAUCUCCCGCUUACUCAGAGACCAUCGUCGCACGCCUCUGGAGCUGACAGCUGACUGGAUUGAGUUUGUGUUAAGGCAUAACGGGGCACCACAUCUUCGGAUCCAAGCCUUUAACAUGCCCUGGUACGAAGAGAAUUCUGUAGAUGUCGGAAUGUUUCUUUUAACUAUGAUUGCUUCUUUGUUGGCAUGUACCAUGUUGUGCUGUCGAUGUGCGUGUAAAUGUUGUAGAAGAAACCAACCAAAGCCAAAGGUCGACUGAUAAUCAAUUAGAGCUUUAAAACAAACUUUUAAAACUUAUAUGAUUACACAAAACAUCUUUCAUCGUGUUAGGACUCCGAAAAAAACUUGUUACUGGCUUCUAUUAUUAUCAUUGUUAUAUUAUUACUAUUAUUACUAUUAUUAUUAUUAAUUCAGUAUUAGUUCAGUGGAUUUAUUCCAGAUUUGGCGCUAAUCAAUUUCCUUUCUCGGAGAACGAGAAAGAAAUGUUGAGACGACCUUAGGAAACGCCAAACCAUCUUUAACAGCCUUUCAACAUGUCACGGUAUCGCACAGCAAUAUUAUUGUCAAACUGUGUAAACAUGUUUCCAAUAUUGAAAGUGAGAUAAUUUUGAAGCAGUGCUGGAAUCGUUGACUGGAGUAUCACGAGUAUUAUCAUUGCCAGUGUUCAACCAACACCACAGCUGAGGCUCGAUCGAUUUUCACCGCUCUCUCGGCUUGCAGUUACGUGAGCUGCUGAUGCAAAAAAUUAUGGGAUAGAAAUAAAAAGUAUCAUGGCAUGAGAAAGCCACUAAGCUAGGCUACUAAGCCAAUUUUGAGAGCUUAUUGACAUACACGACUAAGAUUUUAUGGGUUCUGUAAAUGACUGCAAAUGAUAAGCGGAUUGCUGGACUGCACGAAGGACCACAAGGCGUGCGGAUCAGUGACUACCACAAAAUCGUACUGGGAAGAGUUUAAAUCUAAAAAUUAGCAGACACACUGUUUGUUUUAGGCACUUUCAAUCGCUGUUACUUUUAGGGUUGCAUCCCAUAAUUUUCUGAAUUCUGGCAGGAGAUAACUCACGUGACGCCUAUUAGCAAAGGGCCUAAUAAUUGGCCACUGACGACACUCAAACAAUAUACUGAGCCAAGAUCGAUAGAGGCCAGUAACCCUCUCUUGAGUGACCUAUAUAGUCCGAACCAAACCUGAGGGAAGAGAAAACACGCGCGGGCAGGUUAGUUUUGAUUUUGAUUUUAUUUUUCAGAUUAGCUUUAAAUAUUCAAUCAAUUUAGUGUUCUUUUGAGCUCAUCUCGGCAUGCAUUAUGUAGCUAUGCAAAUUAAAUCAAAGCAAUCACGAAAUCUCUUCUGCAUAAGUAGACCAGAGUCCUAGUCGCAGUUAAUAUAUUACUGAUACUAUAAUUAAAUAUUGAUUAAACAUUAGCC